AUCUCAGUGGAAAUUCCGGGUUGUUGGAUGUGACAUUUGAACUCGUAUCGACUUCUAGACGAUAUUAUCUCGGUGUGUGUGUGAGCUUUCCGGAGUAAUGCAGAUUGAAAUCCAUAUUUAAAAUUAGGAUAUUACGGUAAAUAUGUGAAGCAGAGGAGAUAUCUGAAAUGAGUCUUUGGCUGAUGAAUGUUAACACACCUGGACACGUUUUCCUGCACCCAGAAUCCAGGAAGAAUAAAGGUAUAAGGAUGACGAUUAAGCAGACAUGAGAGAAUGUCGUACCAAAGCCUACAGUAACGAUCCAGUGCAAGUUCCGGUCGUGUGAUAUCCAUACGCUAGUAGAGCCAUAUGGAAAAAGUAGUUCUUUCUCUGAAGCCCUAUUCGGACGGGAUUAGUGUUCCAUGUCGGAGGUGGUGUAAUGUAAUUAUUACUGGAGUAUUUCUGGGAUUUAAGUCUGGAUCCGUCAGGCCAGUCUUUCUUUUUUCCGUUCAUGUGUUUGGAAAGAUAGAUUAUAUGUUUUUAUUACCUUCCUACUAUAGACGUAUCUUACGAAUAAGUACUGAAGAGGACCGGUGCUACAGAUUUAUUUCCUCAAACACACUGAAUUGACUUCAUUUCGGUUUAAUGUGAGCUGAACGUCUGCCUUUAGACUUAAGUGGGAGAUUACUCGGCCGCAGGCUGGACGUCUGGAUGAAAGAACCCUGGCGGAUGGGAGAUGAUUGGACGUGUCCCGAGUUGCUGCGUGUCCUUGUUGUGGUGUCGUGAGACGAGGGAUGCCUCUGAGAGAAUCGCCCUUCCCUAAUGGCUUCGUCGGGGCUCUUCACGCCCUGGGAUGGGGCCUCAUCUUCCCCUGCUUCUGGUUCCUGGACCGACUCAUCGCCGCGUGUGUGUCCACGACGCUGGAGCGCAGGCGGAGACGGGAGCAAGAGUGCUACCUCUACCCGCUCGAGGUUUUUUUUGGCUCGCUGCUCUUCCUCUUCCUUUUCCUCAUCUCGGCGCCGUUCGCUUUGCUGGGUUUCCUGCUGUGGGCGCCACUCCAGUUCGCACGCCGUCCCUUCUCCUAUAUGAAGCGGGACGUGACGAUUAAGAUGCAGGACCGUAACGCUGGAUGGGAGGAGUCUGGAAAGGUGACAUUUGGGUUUUUAAGUGGUAAUCUGUGCCUUCUGCCCGGGGGUCUGGCGCGAUUUAAUAACCUGGCUCACACGCAGCAGCGGGCGCUCUCCAUCGGGCGCAACAUCGUGCAGGGCGUGAGCCGGCCGCAUAUCCGUAUUUUCGUCGACUCGCCAAGUAGCUGCGCGGCCUUGAGCCCGUCCUCCAGCCUCCUGAACGCAGGCUCCGCCCCCUACGGCACCACGAAUGCUCAUCCUGCGCCAUCAGAACAGAAUGGGGACGUUUCUAAAAAUUCAGCGCCAAUCACAGAAGAACAGGCCGUGGACGGCGAUAAAGAAAUCCUCCAAACGUCCAGCGGAGGCGCCGUAGCAAGCAAUCACACUCACGAACUCCAGGUGAACGGAAGCCACGUGAAGCCUUCGCGAGCGUCACACACACCUGUGGAGGUCUCGGCUCUGUUUCCAGCCAGCGUGGACAUCCUGUGCCUGCAGGAAGUGUUCGAUAAGAGGGCGGCGGCCAAGCUGGCUGAGAUUUUGUCUCCGCUCUUUGGUCACAUCCUGUACGACGUAGGCGUGUACGCCUGCAGCUCCGGCUCCUGCUUUAAGUUCUUCAACAGCGGCUUGCUGGUGGCCAGUCGCUACCCGGUGUUGGAGGCGCAGUACCGCUGCUUCCCCAACGGCCGAGGAGAGGACGCUCUCGCCGCUAAGGGCCUGCUCUCUCUCAAGGUACAAACCGGAUUACAGAAGGGAGAGAAGAACAUGGUGGGGUUUAUUAACUGCACUCAUCUUCACGCUCCAGUAGGAGAUGGAGAGAUCCGAUGUGAGCAGCUGGAGAUGAUCACCCAGUGGAUCAGCGAGUUCCAGACCACAACCAGGCAGCAGGACGAGGUGGUGGUGUUCGACGUGCUCUGUGGAGACUUCAACUUCGACAACUGCUCUCCGGACGACGGUCUGGAGCAGAAACACACUCUGUUUAACGACUACAUGGAUCCGUGCAGAGCAGCAGCGGGCCGAGAGAAACCCUGGGCUAUAGGCACUCUGUUACAGCAGCCUACCUUAUACGAUGAGGACGUAAACACUCCGGAUAACCUGCAGAGGACUCUGGAAAAUGAAGAGUUGCGUAAGCUGUACCUGGCGCCCCCCUUACCCCGCGGUGACGCCCCUCUCGUGUACCCCGAGCCCGGGGAGGCCUGGGUGGGCCGCCGUAUCGACUACCUCCUGUACAGAGAGAGCAAUCUGACUGAGCGCUGCCACACGGAGGUCGAGGAGUUUACGUACGUGACCCAGCUGGCGACUUUAACGGAUCACAUCCCCGUCAGCAUGAGACUCGCCGUCACGCUCGACUCCUCAGGCUCAUGAGCUGGAACACACGUCACUCUCUCACUCACUCACUCACACACAGACACAGACACACACACACACACACACACACAGAGAGAGCUUCAGACAGGACAGGAGUAUGGAAUAAACUGCAGCUGAACCUGUGCUGUACCGGUGUUUUAUAUAUCAGGAGAUAAAUCCUGAUUUUAUCACACUCUUUUAUCAGGGUGAAAGUUCUGACACUUCUGAUGUAAUGAAGACACUUUUUAAUGAAGACACUUUUCUUUGCUUUUUAAAAAAAAAAAAAUAAUCGAAUUAAAUGAAAUGAACUGUAAAUUUUGCACUGCCACAGUGUGGAUUGUAUUAAAGUCGUUACCUCGUGCAUGGUUUAGGAUCCACUGAGAGACUCCGACCUCACCGGCAAUAAACAUCCACCUUUUAUUACUUAGGUUUUGUUUUUCUAUUCUCUCUCUCUCUCACUCACACUCUCUCUCACACACACACACGCACACACACACACACACACACACAGAUGAUUCAUGUAAUCUAUUUUAAUAAAAAGUGACACUAUUCAAACUGA